UACCUUGUUGCAGGAUCAAAAGUUAUGAUAUAGCACAGACAGCUCAAAGAGCACAGGGCUGUUGCUGUUGCUUCAGAGCUGCCCGGAGUUUUCUUGCAGUGCAGCUCUGCCACAUUUCUGCAGGAAUGGCCCUGCUGCUUCCUUCUCAUCCACAAGUCUCAGUGUCACUGCUUCUGUUGCUGUCCGUGCUCAGCUUGGCUGCAGGUGGGAAGCUGCUGGUGGUGCCGCUAGAUGGGAGUCAUUGGCUCAGCAUGCAGGAAGUAUUGGACAAGCUCAGGCAGAAAGGCCAUGAAAUAGUUGUCGUUGCACCUGAAGUCAGUUUAUAUAUAAAGCCAACGAAUAAUUUUAUUAUGAAAAUGUACCCAGUCCCUUUCACGCAGCAAGAGAUGGAUGACAUGUUCCGGAGGACUGGUCAGGAUGUAUUUGCUGAAGGAUCCUUCUUGGAAAGAUUUAUUAUAGCAUAUCAAGGGUUGAAAAAUAGUUCUACUAUGUUCCUGUCUAUUUGUGAACAGUUACUGUACAACAAAGAACUUAUCAGAUAUCUUCAGGAGAGUAAGUUUGAUGCUGUCUUUACAGAUCCACUGCUACCUUGUGGGCAGAUACUGGCUGAGCAUCUUUCAGUUCCAUCUGUGCUCUACUUGCAGCAAAUGCCGUGUGGCUUGGAAUUUGAAGCCACUCAGUGUCCAAAUCCCCCUUCUUAUGUCCCCAGGAUAUUUACAGAAAAUACAGACCACAUGAACUUCCUCCAGCGUGUGGAGAAUGUCGUCUUUGAAAUAUCAAAUUUUUUUCUAUGUGAUGUCGUGUUUCAGCCAUAUGCAAAGCUGGCUUCUGAGUUUCUUCAGCGAGAUGUGACUGUGCCAGGUCUCUUAAGCAAGGCUUCCAUUUGGCUCAUUAAAUUAGACUUUGUUUUACACUAUCCAAGACCACUGAUGCCCAACAUGAUUAUGGUUAGCGGAGUAAAUUGUGCCCAGAAGAAGCUAACUCAGGUCUGUAAUGCCUAACAUGGUCUUGAUCGGAGGCAUAACCUGUACUCGGGAAAAACUGUUAUCAAAGGUUAGUUACCUUUUUAUUUUCCCCCUUACUUUCCUAUGGCUGCAUUGUUAGCUUCUACCACUUUCCUAGGCAAUGACCGUGUGAUAACAGAACGGGGCCAUGCUCUAGAACAUGCUGCCCAGCGUAACAGAGGAUGCACAAUCCCUGCAGUUCUUGAAGGCCACUCUGAAUAGGGCUCUGGAAAAUCUGAUCUGGAGAGUGGAAACCCUGUGUGUGACCAGGGGUUGGAACAGGGUGGGCUUUAAAGUCCCUUCCAACACAACCAUUGAAUAAUUUCAUAUUACUGAGAGACUACAAUAAUCAGACACCUUCAAUCAGAUCAAGGGAAAGGACGAAUAUUAAGUCCUCUCUCUCUGUUGUGCUGCACUGGAAGUACCUCAUUGUGUGGAUGAUGAAGUGUCCUGCAAACCAACCUGGGAUGGUGCUUCAGUCAUCAUCAGCCUCCCCAUUCCAGACAGACUCUUGAACAUCUCCUUCAAAUCCAGUGUUGGUCCAUAGGCCUUCUAGAGAUGAAUGUCCAGAGGGAGAGGCCAUGCCCAGAGAAGAGAGAGCAGCUGCUGCUAGGUGCAGUGUUGAUGUGGGCAUGACAGAUCUCCUGUGGAUGCAGAAGUUUCACCCUGAGGGAGGCUAUUAGAAGCACACCCACACAGACCUAUUCCUGCUUCCUUCCAGGGUCACACACCACUCUUCGUCUAAAGGGAACAGAUGGGGUGUAGCUGGUGGGAGCAGUGGCACCACCCACCCAUGGACUUGGUUGAACUCCAGUGCUGGCUAUCCAGCCUUUUAUCAAACCAAUGAUUAAACAUUUACCACACAGCAAUUACAUUAUAGAAGGAUCACAAUCUACGGCAUAGAGCAGACAGCUCAAAGAGCACAGGGCUGUUGCUGUUGCUUCAGAGCUGCCCGGAGUUUUCUUGCAGUGCAGCUCUGCCACAUUUCUGCAGGAAUGGCCCUGCUGCUUCCUUCUCAUCCACAAGUCUCAGUGUCGCUGCUUCUGCUACUGUCCGUGC